UCAUGGUAUUGCUGCAGGCUGCCUCUGGAUAAUAUCGAGCCUGAGUAUGACAUGCUCUGUGGGUGAGAUUUGUGGCUUGAGGCCAAGAGCAGCCAACACACAGCCUGAUUUUGGCCACCUAGUAUCAUGUUUUGCUCUCCCCAGGACAUUCCGCAACCCAUCGGUUGAGGACCGUCAGGUCAUCCACCGACCUGCAAUGUUACCCAUUUCGCUUGAAUCACGAUUUCCUUUGGCUUUGUUCCCACCGUACCACGAUCCACAAUAUCUGCUCUCUAUUGACUACUGUCCCGUCAAGCUUUCGUACAGAAAAGAUAUCGUCUUGAGCUGAAUGAGCUCCAGAUGGAUCAUGUCUUCUUCCGACAAAUAUCAGGAAGAAAAGCCCGAAACUUGCCCUGAGACCCGAUCACCUAGCUACUCGACCGCAAUAGUUCGACCACUUUUGAAUAAACCGCAUAGACAUUCAGCGCCAACGCUAUUUCGAGGUGGAUGGCGACGCAGGCCUUCCUCAUCUGUCACAGGCCAAGCCGUUGCGACUGGUGAUAACAGUCUCAAAGGGCCCUUGGGGCUGAACAUUCUUUUUGAGCCUUCGGAGACACGCGUGGACUUCAUCUUUGUCCAUGGCUUACAAGGGGGCUCGAGGAAGACGUGGAGCUUGCGGCCCGAAGAUGCCUCAACGUGCUGGCCAGAGCAAUGGCUGCCAUAUGAACCCGGCUUCAAGCAUGUCAGAGUGCAUAGCUUCGGUUAUGACUCUGACUGGUCUCAAAUUCAGCACAGCGCGAUCCGGAUACGAGAUUUUGCAGAGUCGCUUCUAGCAAAUAUAGCCCAUUCUCAACUUCUUAAGAAGACGAGAGAUGUUCCAAUCGUCUUUGUUGCCCACUCUAUGGGUGGUCUCAUCAUAAAGCAGACCUAUCUUCUUGCAAAGCAGCAGUCAAUUUAUCAGGAACUUCUACCGAGAUUUCAUUCAAUGUAUUUUCUAGGAACACCUCAUAGGGGCUCCAACUUUGCCGCAUACUUGAAGCACUACUUGUCAUUACCGAUGUCCCAGGGGGCAAAGGAGUACGUCAAAGAGCUUCUGCCAGGAUCGAACACAGUUCGUGAUAUCAACGAAGACUUCCGUCACGUUUGUAAAGACCUCGCUUUGUGGUCGUUCCACGAAGCUGUUCCCACCGCUGGAUUCUAUAUUGUCGACAAAGAAUCAGCAGUGAUGGGCUUGCAAGGCGAGCGGGUAGAGAUGAUCCACGCGGACCAUCGUCAUGUGUGCAAGUUCCACACAACCACCGACACGAACUACCGAAUGCUCGUCGAUCGUUUCAAGACAACAAUUGAACUCGUAGAUCAAGACUGCGCCACGCGACAAAACACCCAGAUGAAGUCGAUCGCAAGGGCCCUCAAUGUUCCCCAGUCGCUGCAAAACGAUCUGUUAGGGGUGUCAGAGAAAUGCCACAGGGGUACUUGCCAGUGGAUCACACAAAACGAAAGCUUCCAUCGUUGGCUCGAUUUCGACAUAGACCACGACGAUGAGGAUGUGGAUCCUCUCGACACGAGUAAACUGAACCAAAAACCACCCAGGUUUCUGUGGCUCAACGGAGCUCCUGGUUCAGGGAAAUCAGUUGUCUCUGGUCAUGUCAUUAAAUACCUUCAAUCAUACAAUCUCGACUGCAGCUACUUCUUCUUCAAGAACGACGCCAAAGCCACCAUAACCCAGAUGCUGCUCAGCCUUGCAUACCAGAUGACCGAGUGCAACUUUGAAGCUCGACAGAACUUUUUGUUCAUGAUACAAAAUGGCGAUGAAGUCAACACACAGGACCAUACUGUCAUCUGGAAUACUCUCUUUCUUGGACGACUCUUCAAGAUACAAUAUCCUCAACCUCACUUCUGGGUGAUUGAUGCCCUUGACGAAUGCGGCAAGAAGUCGCUGGUCUCCCUGGUGCAGAAGUUCUCCAAGAUAGAACCAUCUGUACCGCUUCGGAUAUUCCUCACAAGCAGACCAGAUUCUCCCGAAGCACCAGUCGAGCAGCUUCUAAACGAGGAACGGAUCCAGCGACUUGAGCUACACACUGGACAGGAAGAAUCGAUGAAAGACAUCGCAGCGUACAUUCGAUCUCGGCCAAGACUUUCACGACUCCUCGAUGACAAUGACUCAAGCGAGAAGAUUGUGUCAUCCAUACUAGAGAGAUCGCGCGGCAUCUUUCUCUGGGCGUCUCUCAUGGUCGACAGAUUGGACAGUCUUUAUAGUCUCGAGGACAUGCAGAAAGCUUUGGAUCAAGUUCCCUCCGAGAUGAACGGGUUUUACGGCAAGAUUUUGGAAGGUAUCUCCAACUCCGCAAAUGCGGAUAAGGCCAAUUGCAUUUUACGAUGGGUGGUCUGCGCACCAGUACCAAUGAAAAUCGACGAGUUAAAGGAAGCAAUACGGCUUGACAUCGGUCACACCCUCCUCGUAUCAACGAGUGGGGACAUAUUUGCGGAGAUCUGUCGUAAUCUUGUCAAGACAGGGCACAACUCGGAGAUCAACUUCAUGCACCAAACGGUCAGAGAGUACCUCACUUCAUGGGCAUCGAACCUCUACAUAGAUCAUCGGGCUGGCCACGCAGAUAUUGCAGCCAUUUGUUUGAAGUUCCUUAAUAGUCAAGCCUUUGCGCGCCAUACAACAAGGCGAAAGAAUCAGGGGAGUGUUCGCCAGGGUUCAAGCAGCUUCGCCGAGUAUGCUAGCCUCAAUUUUGCUUACCAUCUCCGUCAUUCACAGUCAAAAUCUUCGAAAUUAUUCUCCGCUUUCGUUGACUUUAUCAACAACAAAAGUCUCAUUUGGAUUGAGAAGAUAUCUCGGCUGGGGAAAUUAGCUCCGUUCAUCACUUCCAUUCAAAAUCUCCAGAGACAUUUGGUCCGGCAACUAGAGCGAAGUCCGCCUUUUGACGACCAGAUUCAGAUGGUCAACACCUGGGUCGCUGAUCUGACUCGGCUAGUCACAAUCUUUGGACCAACGCUCAUUGAAUGCCCUGAAUCAAUAUACGCAUUCAUACCAGCCCUCUCUCCAACCUCAUCAGUCAUUCACAGGACCUUUGCCGCAGCUUCUUCACAGAAAGUCGUCAGUGGUUCUCACGAUUCAUGGGAUGAGAGGCUAUCGUGUGUGUUAUUUCCAUCGGUCGUGAAAUCUGUUGCCUCCAGGGAGCAACAGCUAGCCGUAGGCCUAUCAAAUGGAACAAUCAGGCUUCUCAGCACAUUGACUCUUGAGCAUCUGACGACAAUGGAGCAUGGCGAAGCUGUUCGACAAGUUGCCUUCGGCAAUAUCACCAACCUUCUCGCCUCCCUUAGUCCACGAAAGCUGGUUUUGUGGGACGCGCGAUACAAGCGCAUCUGGCAAAAGCAAAUCAAAAGCACUGCAUUCUCCGUCUCAUUCAACGCCAACGACUCCAAAGUCUUUGUAACUCUGAAAGGAAACGUCAAGCAAGCAGUUCUUACCUUUUCGACCAGUGACGGAGAGCAGCUUGAUUCGCUAUCCAUCAUUGAAGACAGAUCUGAUUCCGAUUCCGACGAUCAUCACGAAAGUCUCGACAGAUUUUGUCCAGAGGUUGUUCGCUUCUCCCCCGUUCUCGGCUACGCAGCUGUCACGUAUCGUAGUUCCCACCUUACGCUCUUCGAUCUGAACGAGGAAGAUAAGCUCGAGAGAUUGUUUCGCAUCGAGAAGAAAGGCUCGGAAAAGUUGCGUCCACCCCAGAUUCUUGAUGUCGUCUUCAAUCCCGCAGUAGAGUCUGGCCUCAUGGCCGUCGCAUAUCAAGAUGGGGAUAUCAUUGUGAUUUACUUUGAUGAAGACCGGUGGUACCAAGUCGGCUCGGUCAGUUUGCACUCGCGAGUACUCGCCAGCUCGCCUGAUGGCAUGAUCCUAGCGGCCGGAGAUACCGAAGGAGGGGUGUCGCUCUUCAACUUCGACUCUCUGCAGUUGAUACAUCGACUUGAAUGUCUUGAAGAGAUUGUGGUCGGCAUCAUAUUCUCCUCCAAUACUCUCAGGCUCUACGAUGUCAGGGGACGUUCUUGUAAUGUCUGGGAACCUUCUGUCCUGGUUAGGCAGAACGCGACCGACGAUACUUCCAGCGACCAAGAUGAUAUCCCAGGCGAAAGUCAUCUUCAGAGUCCUGUUACCAGACCUUUUGAUGAGGCCAAGUUUGUCACCGUCUUGACACCUAUGGGUGAUGAUAAACAUGUCUUCUGUGGUAGAGAGGAUGGAUCCGUCUCCAUUCACGAUGUUAGGGACGGAUCAAAGAUUGUCGAGUUCAAACGUCACUCCGCAAGCAUUCGUGUAGUCGAGUGGAACUCAAAAGUCAAUCUCUUGGUAAGCGUUGAUGCAUCAACGAGAUGCAUUGGAAUGCGCAUAUCUCCUCAUCUCAAACACCACAAUCCCUGGUAUCAGCAAGAUCUUGUGUUCAACUCUCGGGCGUCUUCUUCUGUUUCACAAGCAAUUAUUGAACCAAAUGGUCUUGCUGUUUUAUUCUCUACACAGAGAGGUGAAGAACUCUGGCAAAACAAGACUCCCCCGGAACCAUUUUCAGCAAGUCAGCUCUCCACAGAAACCAGUCAAUGGAUGCAGCAUCCGACUGACAAGUCCCUACUGCUUCUUUUUGAGCAAAGCACUGUUCGCCCCUUCCGUUGGGAUGACCUCAGCUCGAUUGCUUUUACCUCUUCUGUCUCUAUGGUUCUGCCACCAGCUCUCAAGGAUACGACACUGACGAACCAAUGGUUUUCUCGUGUCGACUUCAGCAGCAUAGUGCAGGCGUUCCAUUUACAGGCAGAAAACCAGAACACAUUUCUUUUACUCGCCAGUAGCAAUAUUCAUACUGCUUCCAAGCAAGUCCCGGUCUCUUGCACCACCAGCAGUUUCCUCGGGAGCGUAAAGGCUAUUGUGGGGGUCACUCGUUCUGCAGUCAUAUUCUUGACACGAAGCGGGUGGAUUAGUUCUUUCAGUCUCAAAAGUUUUGAACAAGCAAAAUUCUAUACACAGCAUCUCUUCAUUCCCUCUUUCUGGCGUACAGGCGAUCUUUUGAUACGGACGGUGUCCAAAGACAGUGUGGCGAUUGCAUACAGGGAUGAGGUCAUCAUCAUUCGAGGCUUCUUGGACUUUGACAAGAAGGUCGAAUGGCAUUAGAGCUCCUACACCAUUUCAUAGCGAGUUCAUUUCACAGGCACAAAGUUAGCAUUAGGGUAUUGCAUAUAGAU